AUGUCUACUGUCAGCCUAUCUUUGUCGCUCUGUGUGCUGGCCCUCUGCUAUUAUGUGAUCACAACAGUCUUCAAAGAUCCACUUCGACAUGUUCCAGGUCCUGCAUUGGCCAGAUGGACAUCUCUAGGGACCAAAUCCCGAACGCUUCGAGGAUCAAGAUCGAGAUACAUCCAUGGCCUACAUCAGAAAUACGGACCAAUUGUCAGAUUGGCACCCAAUGAGGUCUCCACGAUAGAUCUACCCUCCGUACAUACAAUCUACAAAGUCGGAUCUCCAUUCCCCAAGUCUGAAUGGUACACGCGCUUCACCGGCCUUGCGAAGCUAAAGGCCACGCCCCUUUUCAGCAUGACAAACUCAAAGGAGCACGCAAAGCACCGUCGCGUGCAAGCACAUAAUUUCAGCGAGAAAUGGAUCAAAAAUCUCGAACCCAAUAUUGUCCGCAACAUCGCAAUGACAGUCUCGGGAAUGAAGCAGGAGACGGAAACACAAGGUUACAUGGAUGUUCUGAAGUGGUUCACGUUCAUGGCAACAGAUGUGAUUGGUGAAGCAUCCUUUGGGGAGAGCUUCAAAUUGUUGGAAGCUGGCAAGAAGAAUCAAUACACUGAAGACCUAGAAGCUGCUGGAGCCAGGGGUUUACUCGCGGCCGAGUUGCCUAUAUAUGUUGAUCUGCUCAGCCGCUUGCCAUUUGGUCCCGCCGUCACUGCCAAGRAGGGGAACAUGAGGAUAGCAACGUACGGAAUGCAGUCUCUAGAGCGCUACAAGAAGCAACUAGAUGCCGAUCCGGACAAGGUGAAGCCGACUCUGUUAACCAAUACAUAUCGUCUCGUGGACGACGGGACUGUUCCCAAAGACCAACUACUUCGAGAUGCAAUGGGAAACCUCAUAGCUGGAACCGAUACCACUUCCGUCACUGCAACAUACCUAUUGUGGAAUCUUGCAAAUCACCCAGCUCUYCAAGCACGGGUCAUAGCCGAGGUGGAGAAGCUCCCAGUCGAUUGCACAGACGAUGACAUUCGAAAAGUUGAGCUCUUCGAGCAUGUCCUCAAUGAGACCUUGAGGCUUUGCGGACCUGCAUCUGGUUCAAUGCCUCGAGACGUGCCCGCAGGAGGGCUCACGGUUUGCGGUCACCACAUUCCGAGCGGAACGACCAUAUCCACGCAAUCAUACAGCCUGCAUCGUAUUGCGGAUGUGUGGGAGAAUGUCGACAAUUUCGACCCAUUGAGAUGGGAGUCGCCGACUAAAGAGAUGAAGGAUGCAUUUCUGCCGUGGGGAGGUGGGAGUCGAGUCUGCAUAGGAAUGCAUUUUGCGCAGGUUGAGAUCCGCCGGGCUAUUGUCGAUUUCUACAGGACAUUCCCAAGAGGCGUCCGGCCAGCUUUCGAUGAUGAUGAUUUCAGCCAGGAGGAAAUGUUGCAGGAAUCAUUCUUCAUAGUCCGCCCAAAGGGGAGGCGAUGUCUGCUGCGACCACUUUGA